AUGUCAUCAAUACCACAAGAAACUCCAACUAAAGGAUUAACUGGAAGAAUUUCUGGUUUAGAUAUGUCAACUACUGGUAAAUCUUUAACUGAUAAAUUAGCAGCAGAAGCAUUAGCAAAAGAUGAAGCCCAAACUAAUAUUCAUGAUGUUAAAUCAUCAAUACAAAAUCUUUCCAAAGAUGAAACUAAAUUACAAGCAGAAAAAGAUAAAGUUGAAGGUGAAUUAAAUACAAUGAUUAAUGAACAUAAAAAUUUUUUAAAAAAACAUAAAGUUCAUAGACAUGAAUUAAGAGCAUUAGAAGCUGAAGAACCAUUAUUAAAAGAAAAUAAACAUAGAUUUGUUAUGUUUCCAAUUAAAUAUCAUGAAAUUUGGCAAAUGUAUAAAAAAGCAGAAGCAUCAUUUUGGACUGCAGAAGAAAUUGAUUUAAGUAAAGAUUUAAUUGAUUGGAAAACAAAAUUAAAUGAUAAUGAAAGAUAUUUUAUUUCAAGAAUUUUGGCAUUUUUUGCUGCAUCUGAUGGUAUUGUUAAUGAAAAUUUAGUCGAAAAUUUCUCAGCUGAAGUUCAAACUCCUGAAGCAAAAUCAUUUUAUGGUUUUCAAAUUAUGAUGGAAAAUAUUCAUUCAGAAACUUAUUCAUUAUUGAUUGAAACAUAUAUUAAGGAUCCAAAAGAAGCUGAUUAUUUAUUUCAUGCAAUUGAUCAUAUUCCACAAAUUAAAAAGAAAGCUGAUUGGGCUAUAAGAUGGAUUCAAGAUGAAGAUGCAUUAUAUGCUGAAAGAUUAGUUGCAUUUGCUGCUGUUGAAGGUAUUUUCUUUAGCGGUUCAUUUGCUUCAAUUUUCUGGUUGAAAAAAAGAGGUUUAAUGCCUGGUUUAACUUUUUCAAAUGAAUUAAUUUCAAGAGAUGAAGGUUUACAUACUGAUUUUGCAUGUUUAUUAUUUGCUCAUUUACAAAAUAGACCAAAUCCAGAAAUUGUUGAAAAAAUUAUUACAGAAGCUGUUAAAAUUGAAAAAGAAUUUUUCACUGAUGCAUUACCAGUUAGUUUAUUAGGUAUGAACUGUAAAUUAAUGUGUCAAUAUGUUGAAUUUGUUGCUGAUAGAUUAUUAGUAUCAUUAGGUAAUAAAAAAUACUAUAAUGCAACAAAUCCAUUUGAUUUUAUGGAAAAUAUUUCAUUAAGUGGUAAAACUAAUUUCUUCGAAAAAAGAGUAUCAGAUUAUCAAAAAGCUGGUGUUAUGUCAAAAGCAGAAAAUAAAAAUGCUGAUGCUUUUGCAUUUGAUGAAGAUUUUUAA